CUACAUAAGAAAAAAAGGUCCAGAAUUUGUGAGGAUAAAAAAACCAUAAUCAAGGCCCAUUGGAGAUUUUACAAGGUUGAUGGAUUAUACACGAUGACUGACAGUGUAGAGAAGAGUAAGAAACUUGAAAUGCCGAAUGUAUGUACUGAAAAACAAGCAGAUAACGAUUUUAUCAACAACGUUUGCGAGCCCAAGUUUAACAAGAUGGGUUCAGCAGAUUAUGUUUUACGGCUGACUAUACAGUCCUACCUGCAAACCGGCGAUGUAAUACCAAAAUAUAGGGACGACGCCCUGUAUAACUACUAUUGCUAUUUUACAUUGUUAGGCAAGAAACAGAAAGAUUUUAAAAUCAAAGGGAAUGAAACUAUCAACGCGUGUAUGGUUAACAUUGACACAACGGCCGUCCCAAAUGAAGGGAAAAUGAUUUGGACAUGCAAAGUCAUAGAGAAAGGACCUUGUCCACCGACCGUGAUUGUGAAUGAUAAAACAUAUUUGGAUAACACAAAAUUUGUUGAAGGAAAAUAUGAAAUAUGUGCAAUUUGGGAGGUAGAAAAUGAACAAGUUGGUAGAAAAUGUGUAACAGUGGUGUGCAAAGAGAAAAAGAAGCCGGAACAUAAACCAGACUUGAUAAUCUCGUGCUUGGAGAACUGUUUGGUUACGCCAGACCCAAACGUGCCUGUAAGACUUAGGGUCAUUGACCGGAACACAGGCCAGCCUCCAAAGACAAACAUUACCUGGGAAAUAAGGGAUCCUGAUGGGAAAACUAUUUCUCUUGGAGAUGUCAUCAUUUCUGAAGGAGUUAAACCCUACGAAUUAAAAAUUAAUGUAACUAAACUGAAGAAGUGUGUGGCGUACACGGUGUAUGCACAAGAUGCUGCUAAGGACAAAAUAAUACCCUACAACAUUGAAUACUGCCCUAAUGAAAUCCCAACGGAAGGUAAUUGCACGAUGACUCCUAAGUCGGGAAUGAAAGGAUUUACAUUGUUUGAUAUCACAUGCUUUGGCUGGCAGUCGGAAGGACCGAUACUUUAUGAAUUUUUCGACAAAGGACAUGACGAUAUAGAACACUAUCAAGGUAGAAUGACUGGAUAUUCAUAUUCAGGUAUUUAUUCGCAAUUCAGGUUGACUCGAGGCAGGGUCGUAAUAUAUUUACUCAAUGAGGACGGAGACGGACCUUCUGUCACAAUCAAUGUUGAGUUGUAUGACUUUGACAGAAAUAUAACGCAUAUUGAAUACUUAAUGAACGAAAUUGAUGAUUACAUGGGCUACAAUAAUUAUCAACCUACGCAAGACCUUAUGUCCACUCUGGCUGAAAUACUGUAUAAAGACUUGAACAAUGAAUACUACAUUCGAAGAAUUAUAUCUUCAAUGGCCAGGAUUGAGUAUGAUUCAGCGGAGAGUAUGAAGCUUGGAAUUUCAACAAUACUCUCUGUUUUGGUCAACGGAACACUGAAAGGGACAUAUUUAUUGGACGACGUACUAGAAAUGUACACUGGGAGGAUAUUGUUGAAACUCGCCAAAGUUUAUCUGAAAUAUGCUGUAAAACCUGACCAUACACCUCGACUGCGGGCAAAACACGUUCACCAACUUUCCAGAAAUAUGAUGGAUUGUGUGGAUAUGGCCGUUAUUGCUCAAGAUAGAAACGUAACUAAACUUGCUCCCGAGGAAAACAUCAACUAUGAUGUGUACGACAAUCUAAAUGUUGCCUCCAAUGACAUGGCCGAGGCACUGAUGAUAUCCAUGUAUUUGGUGGGUCGAGUUCAGCCUUAUGGAGCGGUGGGGCGGCAGAUAAGGUCGACGGAAGGAGUUUCUGAAAUGUAUUCCUACGUCAACAAUGCAGAUGGCUUGGUAGAUGUGGCUGGUUCAAAUAUCACCUCCUAUGUUAACAUCUCAAAAAGUCUGGCCAAUACAUUCGAUGAAAACCACGACUUAAUGCUUCAGGGGUUGAUGUGUGCUCUGCAUUGCCGAUGGGUUUAUCAGUGGGUCGUGAGCGAAGCUCCAAGCUUAAGAGGUCGCCACCACCGAAAAACGUAA